AUGAAUUAGAAGUCAGAUUUAGAGCAAUAAGAACUGGAAGAUAAAAAGGAGUUUGAUGAUUAAAAUCAACAGUAGCAUAGAUAGUCCAGUGCUUAAUUGCAAUUGAUGCAAUAUAGAUAGAUGAUGCAGCAGCGUUUGAGUAAACAGAACAUUCAGGGAAGUGAGGAUAGCAGCGGCUAAAGUAAAAAUAGUGCGCAGAACUAAAGCAUCAGCAAUAAUCAAAAUAAUCUUACUUCAAGUGCUUAGAAUAAUAUUACUACUAACCCUCUUCUGUCAAAGCUCAAUAAAUAAUAGAAUUUCAGCAAUAAUAACGGCAAAUACAAACAAGAAAUAAAUGGUUCAUCCCAGGAUUACAAUCCUUAUCUUCAUGGCUCCUAAAAUAACCUCAAGCGAGAAGAAAACAAUUCUCCUCCUCCAGCCCUAGUGCCUCCAGAACAAAUUAAAGUAGAGCAUAUUCCAAUCAAAAUUAGCUAUGAUUUUACUAAGAAAAGUAAGAAUAUGAAGCUACUCAACGAAGGCUAGUUGGACAACUUUGAGUACAGUGAGAGAUGCGAUAGUAAGAUUGAGGAAGGUGACUUGAAAAAGCUAGAGAUCGAACUUAAAAAAAAUGCAAUGGGUAAUGGUAAUAACAACGGUAAUUAGCUCGGUAGCAUUGUAGACGAGGAAGGGAAUGUAAUCAGACCAUACGACAAUCAAUAAGUAGAUCAGUUGAUUGCUGAUGAAGGAUACUAACCCCUCUUAAAUUAAAAUAGUAUUCAUAGGAUAGUGUAUAAUUUUUCGUUAGAUAAUUAAAGACCAAGUGUUGAAGAAAGAUAGUAUCUGCGAGGUAUGAUAAGAAGGACCAAUUAGGGACGGUUCGAUAUACUGUGCAUCAAGGAUCUAGACAAGCAGUUUCUCUUCUUGUUUGGUUUGACCCUUCUCUUGUCCAUAUUCAUUUUGAUAUUUGCCCUUUUUUAAAAUAUUAUUGAGAGACUAGCAAUCCAAGAUGCCUGA